CACGAGUGUUGAUACUCCUUUUGAUGAGCCUGAGUACUCUGGAAGAGGAGGCGGCUCACCUUGAAUGAUGUUGUUGUUGGAUCAGUUUUAUCACCCACAACAAAGGGUCUGGCGCGAGGGUUGAGGUCAGCCAUAUUGCGCAGUUGUCACCCGCUUAAUUAGGCGAUGAGGGGGGUGGUGGAUAGGCGAUAUGGAACUUUGUUGUUGAUCUGUGGAUGGAUAGAUCUGUUAUUGGAAUUAUCACGUUCAACAACUUGUUUACAAACUAGUGUAGGUAUCCACUACUCAGAUUGAGCGACGACUCAGUGACGACUCAGCGACGACUCAGCGAUAACCCAGCGAUGACCCAACAGCCCUUCCUGUGGGAUUAUCAGACCUUGGCCCAUCGCGAGAUAGCUUUGCAAGGGACGCGUCCUUUGAUGACUUUGGAACAGUCAGAGACUAGCGACCAUGUAUCUCUCGGAGAGUACAUCACUUCAAGCAAUAUAGUCAAGGUCUACGUUGGCCCUGAACGACAGCUCUUAUACAUCCAUGAACAAUUACUUUCUGAUUGCGUCCCCUACUUCAGAACUGCUCUUGAGAACAAUCCUCAGCCCGGUCGAGAGAAGGAAUUGGAGCUGCCAGAGGAAGAUCCUGCGGCUUUUAAAUAUGUCGUUGAGUGGGCGAGUCCAGAAGUGGACUUGGUCAUUAUCACACUGGCGGUCUAUCAGACUCAAGUGCAUAAGGUGCAAGUAUAUUACUUUAUCUCGGUUUCUGUCUAUCCAAAUGCUUGUAGUAGGUACUCAAUGGCCCCAUUUUUGUACCGAUAGGUACCUUGGUUAUUGAACUUCCAAAUCACUUCUCUCUCAUCAAAAUCAAACCCAGGGACUGAUUUGAAGGAUAACGUAUAUAUGCUAAAAGUGCCUGAUCCAUGAUUAUGGUUAUUGCUUCCCCUUAACUCCUCAAAAGUCAUUCACCAGCUAUGUCAUUAAGCUUAAUCCUUCUCGCAGCGUUGAAAUAUUCUCACCGAAACGAAUAACCUCGUCCAGAGACAAAGAGACAAACAAUUAUAGCCGAC